AUGCGCAACAUGUUAUUAUUAUUAUGCACUUCUCUCGUUUUUGCAAUUCUAGCCGAUGCUUCAAGACCCUGCACUCAUACGCUGCAGUGUGGGAAAGGAUAUUUUUGCGAGCAGAAUGAAUGUCGACGGGAUUCGUGCAUCAGUGAGGCUCAGUGUGAGAAGAACGAAAAAUGUCGUUCUGGAAAUAUCAACGGAAAAUUGAAAUUUGGGUGUUUUAAAGAGCAACAAGACACGACAACUGUUAACUAUUGCCCCGGAGGAGCUUUGGUCUUGUCACCACUUCAAGGUCUCACCACUUGCGAUUUGUCAACCGAUUGCCCGUCAACUCAUGUAUGCAAUCCCAUAUAUGGAGUGUGCUGCACAAAAAUCAACGCAUGUCCUUCAAAUACUAAAACAAUGGCAAAUAUUAUUACGGGAAAGCCAAUUAUGUGUCAAUUCAAACAAGGAAAACCACUUCCAUGCCCCGAAAAUGGACAAUGUGACACGGCAACUGGAUUCUGUUGUUUGCGAAAUGAGCCGGGCACUAGAAAUGUCGAAUUUCCGAUUGUGAAUCCAACGGAGCUUUCAAGUGAGCGUCCGUAUCUUGGACAAACUUGCAAACCGCAAGAUGGAUGCGCAGGCGGAGCUUCGUGUGUGUGCAAAUCUCGAGGAAGAUGUAUGUGCGAAUGUCCGACAGAAUUGGGAUAUACGAUUUCGAACGAUGGAAAAACAUGCCAAAGAAUCCGAAGACGACUUAAGGAAAAAUGCAAAACCGAUAUGGAAUGCUCAGCAGCUUUUUCUGAAUGCUCAUCUGGUGGGUGUCGAUGUAAACGAGGAUUCAAACGAAGCGGUGAUGGUGGAUGUGAACCAAUAGAAUAUCGAUGUGCGAAUAAUCAAACUCCGUUGAAAAAGAAAGAAGAAAUCGUGGAGUGCUCGAUGAAAAACGCAGCAGUCAUGAAAUUCAACAGUCUGAAAAAUCGUAAAAAUGCCACCGAACAUGAAAUUGAUGAGAUUCUCAACGAAUUGGCAAAAGAGACUAACCAGACAAUGUAUUCGGAUAAUGGAAAUCAGAACGAUGAUUGUCCUUAUGAAUAUUAUUGUGUCCCGGUGUUUGAAGAUCCCAGAAAACUUGGCUCAUAUAAGGGGAUUUGCUGUCCUUCCCCUUCCACUAUUCGACCAGCCUGCCCAGUUGGGGAGCCACACGAAUCUAGUUAUCCACCAAAUUAUGGAUGUAGCUCGUGCCCAAUGGACUACUAUUGCCAUCGAGAUGCUAUUUCUACAGAUAAAUCGAUUUGCUGCCCAAAGCCAUGUUUAUCUCUUGAAGAUAUUUACUACAACGGACAGUGUCAUUCAAUGGUAUUUUAUGGCGACAGCUGUCAGAUAUCGAGUCAAUGCGUUUAUUCAAAAAAUCCCGAUGUUAACGAGGAAUACGCUACCCACGCAAAAAUGGAGUGUUUGAAAGGAAUUUGCUCGUGCCCGUCUGGAUUUAGUUUUGCAGAUGGAGAAUGCAAAAGAAUAAUCUGCACUAUCGGAUUACGCGGGGAGCCUUCUGUUGACAGAUCAGGACAACUCUUACGAUGUGACAAGUCGUCAGAUUGCAGUAUGGGUCAUAUGUGUGACCCAAACACACGAGUGUGUUGUAAAGGAACUAAUCGUUGUCCCAAAGGAUAUGUCGAAACUGGAAGAAGUUGCCACGAAAACUGCACCGGUCUGAAUGAAAUUUGUCAUCCAACUAAGAAUGGAAAAUCAAAAUUGUGUUGUGUUUAUGAGAAUGGCAAUUAUAGCAGAGAUUCGAAUUUAACCAUGACUUAA